AUGGUAGCUAACAGAACUCAAGGGUCAUUGCCUAGCAAUACUGAAAUGAACCUGAAGGAGCAUGUGAAGACAAUUACCUUGAGGAGUGAAAAACAACUAGGGGAACAACAAGGGAAAGAGUCUGUUAAAGAACAAGUAAAGGAACAAACUCAAGAAGAAACUAUGAUCAAAGAGAAGCUAAAAGAGAAAAAGGAAGAGCUAGUAAAGUCCUACAAUCCACCAGUUCCUUUUCCUCAAAGGCUCAAGCAAAGUAAGGAUGACAUGAACUUUCUGAAGUUUUUGGAGGUCUUCAAGAAACUACACAUAAAUAUUCCAUUUGCAGAGGCAUUAGCUCAGAUGCCUAGCUAUGCCAAAUUCUUGAAGGUCAUCCUUUCCAAAAAGAGAAGGCUAGAGGACCAUGAGACAGUCAUGCUCAUCGAAGAGUGCAGUGCAAUCAUUCAGAACAAGUUGCCAUCAAAAUUAAAGAAUCCAGGGAGUUUUACAAUUCCAUGCAAUAUUAGCAAUAUCGAAUUCACUGAAGCAUUGUGCGAUUUAGGUGUUAGCAUUAACUUAAUGCCUUUAUCUGUUUUCAGGAAGCUUGGACUAGGGGAU